UUCAACGUACAGAGCAUUUUUCUCUUGGCUUUCUUUCUCUCUCUUUCGUAAUCCUAUAAUUCCAAAUUCAACAUUCUGUUAGUCGGUUUGAAGAAGUCGCCGUCGAAUGAGGGUGAGCUCAUCGCAUAUGAUUUGGGAAAGCCAGCUCGUAAGUUGAAGAAGGGGUUCACGGGGGCCAAUUUCUUCCUAAAGCCAAUUCAUGCCCUCUUUGGUCAUUUCGUACUGCAGGAUGGAGGGUGUGGCCUGAGCGUUAAAAAACUCGCUGAGCCGCUGAAGAACAGAAUUUUCGCCCCAAUAAUGAACCAAUUUCAAUCUAAAAAGAGUUUCUUGGCUAGAAACCCAAACGGGGUCUCAAGUCCCUGAAUGAAUGGAAUAGUGAUCAGUGGUUCCUCAGCUUAGUUUCACUCUCUCCCGUUGAUUCUCCAUUCUGACUGCGAAAGUAUACUCGAAUAUCAUGAGGGUCUUAGAUAGGUACAGGCUCACCAUCUUGCAAUUUACGCCAUUUACUCUGCCUUUCACGUGGCCGCAAAAGCUCAAAUUUGGUCCAUUCAAUUCUUUCACUCAGAAGAGGUUCAAGAAACCAGUAAUCUCUGCCCGAACUCGCUUGGAGGACCGAGUCAGGGACCCCAAACUUGACAAGCUCGUCACCUCCAUAAAAAAACUCAGAACCAUCUUCAACCUGCUUGAGCUAAUGUUGCAAAGAAAACGCGGUCCCUUCGUUUCCGUACAGUUGAUGUCCCGGUGGAGGAACAUCGUUGGACUAAACAUCGCCUUCGGCGGUUUUAUUAAAAAAUACCCACACGUGUUUGAGCUGUUUACGCAUCCAAUUAGGAGGAAUUUAUGCUGCAGGAUUAGGCAAAAGGUAAGAGUUUUGAUCAGGGAGGAAGAGAAUGCUGUUAAAGAAUGUGAGUUGGAAGCAGUAUGCCGCGUGAAGAAGUUGUUAAUGAUGUCGGUCAGUGGCACUGUUCGUCUUCAUGCUUUGAGGUUGGUAAGGACGGAAUUGGGUUUGCCCCGGGAUUUUCGUGACUCGAUUCUUGCAAAGUAUUCGGCUGAUUUUAGAUUAAUUGGUUUGGAGGUAGUGGGAUUGGUUUGCAGGGAUGAGAAUUCGGGAGUUGCCCAAGUUGAGACCUGGAGGGAGAAAGAGUAUAGAGAGAAGUGGUUGAGUGAGUUCGAGACCAAAUACGCAUUUCCUAUUAAUUUCCCGACUGGGUUUAAGAUCGAGGCAGGCGUUAGAGACAAGUUGAAGAAUUGGCAAAGGCUACCGUAUUUGAAGCCGUAUGAGAGGAAAGAGGUAGUUCGGGUUCGAACUUGUGGAGGGAUGGAGCGGUUUAAGAAGAGGGCAGUCGGAAUUCUUCAUGAGUUAUUGAGCUUGACGGUGGAGAAAAUGGUUGAAGUUGAUCGCUUAGCUCAUUUCCGAAGGGAUUUUGCCAUGGAAGUUAAUGUGCGCGAACUACUUCUUGAGCAUCCUGGAAUUUUUUACAUAUCGACGAAAGGGAAUCUACAAAUGGUUUUUCUUAGAGAAGCAUAUUGCAAAGGAUAUCUGAUUGAGCCCAACCCAAUAUAUGUUGUUCGAAGGAAGAUGUUGGACCUUGUCUUGCAAGGGUGUCGAAGUACUGGAGAAUUUGUCGCUGAGAAGGAAGUCAAGGAGGCUAAUGAUUCUUUAGUCUGUAGAGCUGAUGGUGAAGGUGAGAGAGACGGAGACUGGGUUAUUCCAAUUGUGGAGAGUCUUUGACAAAGGAAAUCCUUACAAUAGUGCAGGCGAAAUCAAUUAUUAAAUUUGAAGAAGCACUUCACUGGAGGUAGUGAAAGUGAUACUUGCAUUAAGGGUUAGUCGAAUUUAACCAUGUGAUGAUUGACAUUUACUAAUACAUGGCAAGUGGUCUUCUUCUCUCUAAAUGAGUCAGAUGAUAUCCUUCGUGGACCUCAAGAAGGUUGCCUCAAACAAUGGACCACCUAAUACGACUAGUUACUCCCCGCGAAAAAUAUCGAUUUUGGUAAGUUGCAUCUCCUUGAAUUCUUUUGUCUCAAGUGUGUUUAUUUGGCUUGGAUGUAGUGGUAUCUCCUGAUUGUUUCCCUAAACACCUGUUUGGCGCUGAAGAACCUGUAUUCUUAAUUUCAUUGGUUAA